AUGCAGCCCGUCGACGUGCAGUUCGUCGUUGGUCUCUCUGGAUAUUUCGUCAAAGACCUCCAGGCCGUCCGCCAGAGUCCAGCUUAUGACCCGUUAGUCGACAACAUCGCCCCCUGCACGCCCGGAUUCAAAAAGGUCGUGCAGGCCGGCCAGACAAUAUCGAUCUUGCUGCAUCUACCCAACGGUGGGAUUGCCAUUGGAGACUGCGUCGAUGUCAUCUUCUCCGGUGCUGCAUCCAGAGAUCCCCUCUUCAACGCCGAAGAGCAUCUGCCUAUUCUCGAGUCGGUGGUGAAGCCGUGGCUGUUGCGCUGUGAUGUUGCUGAAUUCCAAGCAAAUGCACGCCUGGUGGACUUGCCCUGGUCGCAGCUGCAAAACUGCCGGUUGCAUACAGCCAUUCGAUAUGGAUUGACGCAGGCCCUUCUAUCGGCGACGUCUCUAGCACGGCGAUGUACCAUGUCCGAAGUCAUCUGUCGCGAGUGGAAGACCACCAUGACAUACAGCCCCAUUGACAUUCUGGCUUCCUGCCAUCGCAACGACCAAUUGCAGCUCGACCGAAUGAUCAUGAAACAAGUGGCGAUGCUGCCUCAUGCAUCUUUCGUCCAUGUCAAUGAUAUCGGGCCGAAAGGGAAAACGCUGCACGAUUAUGUCCGAUCUGUUUCUCAGCGGGUCCAGGAGCGUGGAGGUGCUGGAUACCGUCCUCGUCUGCAUUUCGAUGUCUAUGGCACUCUUGGGGAUGCAUUUCACAAUGACGAAGAAUUGGUGACGUUUCUCGGAGACCUUGAACAGCAGGCUCGUCCAUACAACCUGUUGAUCGAGUCCCCCAUCAUCGCACCGACCAAGAGCGCCCAGAUUCAGCGAUUCAAACAACUACGAAACCGACUACGGGAGAGGUCGAUCAAUGUCAAGCUGGUGGCAGACGAAUGGUGCAAUACCAUUGAGGAUAUCAAAGAGUUUGCCGAUGCUGAAGCGGUCGACUUUGUGCAGGUCAAAAUGCCUGACCUCGGAGGCAUCCAGAACAGCAUCGAUGCGGUGUUAUACUGCCAGUCAAAGAACGUUGGCUGCUGUCUGGGAGGAUCUGCAAAUGAAACGGACAUCUCAGCCCGGAUUACAUCGCAGGUGGCACUGGCAGCACGGCCGGACUUUUUACUGUCGAAGCCAGGAAUCGGAGCAGACGAGGGAGUCAUGGUGCUGAUGAAUGAGAUGCUGCGGACAGCUGCGGUGGCGAGGAGACAGAAUUCCAAGAUAUAG